AUGUCCCUGCAGCUACCACCCAAUUGCAAACUCUUCACAGCUGACGCUUCCUCAAUGUACACCAACAUUCCCACGAGGACAGCCAUCACCAAGAUCUCAAAGUGGCUCAAAGACAACCAAGAACAGUUCCCAGACCUGCCCACCAAGGCAGUCCUUAAGGCACUGAUUCUCAUUAACAUUAUGGAGUGGAGCUUCUUCCACUUUGGUGACACCACAUGGCGGCAACUCAAGGGCACUGCAAUGGGAGCCCCACAGCCCCACCCUAUGCCACCAUCUUACUUUGCCAUCCUGGAGUCCAUUCUGCUUCGAUCCUUCAUGGAUAGUCUUGCAGUUCUGCAGUCUACAGGAGAUACAUCGAUGAUGUCUUCGCAUAUGGCACUGCCGAAUGAAGACAACCAGCUCCUGUGGGAGGGCUUCCAAAAGGCAAGAACAACAAUGAGUACAAGCUGCACUGGGAGUUCACUGAACUCUCCAGUCAGGUGGAUUUCAUGGACAUGA